CAGAAGCCCCGGAAUGUAUUUCACAUAGCCAGCCAAAAAAACUUUAAGGCUAAAAACAAAGCAAAACCAGUUACUACUAGUCUUAAGAAGAUAAACAUUGUGAAUAAUGAAAAAGUUAACCGAGUGAAUAAAGCUUUUGUGAACAUACAGAAGGAACUUGCACACUUCUCAAGAGGCCUU